CUUCCUGUUUUCACCAGAGCGUCGUACAGCAAACAUGGCGGCCUCCGGUGGAAGAACCGUGGGAUCUUUUCUCUGGAAAUGCGGAAAUUGCUGCUUCAAUUUUAACACAGUCUCUUCAAAUUUAACUCGCCAGGUGCUGUCCAGACAGCUAUGUGUGAGUGCUGUUCUCCACAGGAAGAACCUGGCUGCAGCGGGCCCAGAGAAGUUCUCAGAGGAGUUCAUCAAGAAGCAGGUGGAGGAGUUCAACAUCGGGAAGAGACAUCUAGCCAACAUGAUGGGAGAGGACCCUGAGACCUUCACUCAGGGGGACAUUAAUAGAAGCAUUGCAUACCUGUUCCCCUCCGGCCUAUUUGACAAAAAAGCCAAACCACUGAUGAAGCAUCCGGAUGAGGUGUUUCCAAAACAGAGAGCUGUCCAAUGGGGCGCAGAUGGACGGCCAUUCCACUUUCUGUUCUACACAGGAAAGCAGUCCUACUACUCUCUAAUGCACGACACCUUCACUAAAGCCCUGGCAGUAGAGAAGCACCAGGACCAUCUGAGAGGAAAGGAUCUCUUCACCCAGGAUGCCAAGCAGAUUUCUCUGGUGGGUAGUCGGUGGUUGCUGAAAGAAGAGCUGGAGGAGUUGUUGGUGGAGACCAUCUCAGAACACGAUUAUGCACGGUUCAUCCAGCUGAUGGAGAGGUUGCUGUCUCUGCCCUACUGCUCUGUGGAGGAGGACUUUGUCCAGCGCUACCGCAGACAGCUGGAGAUCCAGUCCUCCAAGCAGCAGGUCCAGCCCCUACAAUACGACCAGCACGGAGUGGCUUACAGCACCGGAGAUGGCAGAAGGAAGACCGCUACGGGUACUGUCCUACUGAGAGACAGCGGCUCAGAAUCCAUCAGCAUCAACGGGACAAACUAUGUCCACUACUUCCCUGUCCUGCAAGACCGAGAGCAGUUGAUGUUCCCCCUCCACUUCAUGGGGGUGCUGGGGAGGUUUGACAUGCAGUGUAGUGUGAGUGGCGGGGGCCAUUCCAGCCAGGCGGGGGCGCUACGCCUUGCCAUCUCCCGCGCCAUGCUGAGCUUCCUGUCUGAGGGACAGGUGGAGACCAUGAGACAAGCUGGGCUGCUGACCCCUGACCCCAGAAUUAAGGAGAGGAAGAAGCCGGGCCAGGAGGGAGCGAGGAGGAAGUUCACCUGGAAGAAACGCUGAGGUGGAGGACAGAAUAGAACUGGACACAGGGAAAUCACAGCAGCAUAUUCAUCAUUAUCUUCCUCUGAGAUCAGAACUGUUAUUAGUAAGUGGACAAAUUGUUCAUCCAACCCCUGUUGUAGCCUUUUAUAUGUCCCCUAAAGGUGUUUUACAUCUGGAAAUAGCCACCAAGUACAUGACUCAAAUGCAUAUACAAAUUCAAAGGGGUUCUGUCCAUGUGAGGGCAGGAUACCCAACUCCAUAUAGGCUGUAAUGUUUUUUUUCUGCCACCAGAGGGCCAUCUCUGGCAACACACCUGUCCAUUGUCUUUGUCUGUAUAUUGAAAAUAAAAUGUUGUUUUUCACAUA